AUGCCCUGCGCCGGGCUGAUCGCGGGGAAGAUUCUCUGCAUGCACGGCGGAAUUUCUCCGCGACUGACCAACUUGCGCGAAAUCAACCAGAUUCAGAGACCCUGCGGGGUGCCGGACAAUGGACUGCUUUGCGAUCUCUUAUGGUCAGACCCGGCAAACGAAUGGCAGGCCGUAAAUCCCGGGAAGGCGGUGAGCGCAAGUCGCCCACCGAAUCCUGCUAUGAAAACCCUGGAGCCUGUCGACGAGCACUGGGGCUUCAAUGCAAGGGGGGUCAGCUGGAUAUUCGACGAGGUCGCGGUGCAGGAAUGUUGCGACAGAUUUGGCCUCGACUUGAUUGUUCGCGCACACCAAAAAGUCGAAGAUGGCUACGAGUUCUACGCGAAGAAAAGGAUGCUCACCGUGUUUUCAGCUCCGAACUAUUGCGGCACCUUCGACAACAAUGCAGGGGUAAGCAAGUUAGUAUGAUCGGGAGUAAUUAAUAUCUUCGUCUUCAGGCUAGUUUUUUAUAUAUGCAGCGUAGUGCCCAUGCCUUCAAAAAUGGCAGACGAUACCAGUUCUGGAGCCGAACAACGUCAUAUAUCAAUCAAAAUCAAGUAUGUUUAAGUUUAUCAAUUGCGCAUAUUUUUGCAGCGCAUGUUCGCCCGCAGGCAAGCCUUCAAAUAGAUGCGCAAUUUCCCACAAACACAUUGAUAGGUUCUCAACGUGUCCCGGCAGCUGCGAUGUAAGCUGACCGUUUUGGAGCCGGAGCAUCACAUUGGGAAGGGCAAGUUUCACACUUGGCCAGGAAAAGAGAGAAAGGCAAUGGAGUUAGACGAGCUGACGCUUUUUCCUGACACGGAGGACAUUUUAGAGCGACUGAAGGAGGUGGAAGACGAGGAUGCGCCGCCAGCGGUAUCGCAGUGGUUACUUAUUUGGUUCGAUAUUUGUUGAUGCCCCAAAGUCAAGACAUAUUCCUUGUUCGACCUGCACGACUUGAUAAAUGAGUGGCCGUAUCUCCCACAUGGCUGAGACUGUAUAAACUGCACAAAAUAAUCGUCUUUUUCGUGUAUGAGGAAAUCUGAACCAAAACAACAGGAGCUUGCUCGCCAAGCGUCUGCUCCAACAGCGUCGCCGAACAAAGCCAUGCCAGAUAACGAUCCUACGGUCCCAGACCCGCGAAAGAUCCAGGUGAAUGCACAUGAAGGGUGGCCGCCUAACGACCCAAAGCACCAUCCAGAUAAGAAGUUCUACGUGACCACUGACCAGAUUCGGGAGGAGAUAGCUCGGCUCGAGCAGGCAAAGCGCGACUUCAGGCCAAGUCCCUUAGUGCGCGAAUACACCGAGUCCUGGCGGGUAUUUUCAUUUCAGUUUUUAUUUUUUCACAUUCAAGUUAGUUUGAGUUUUUCUGCUAAGGACCAAAAUAGUUAGAAGUACCGUAUCGUGUUACGUGAGCCUCAUCAUCUUCUUGACUUGAAAAUGCAAUGUGUCUUCUUUGGCGGCAAGCUCGUUGGUCUUCGUCUGCGCCCCACUAUACUAGUGAAGCCGACUUUUCAAACAUCUUUAAAGCAUUGCUCUACCACUUAUAUCCACUUCAAUAUGUUUCUCACUCUCAGUUCCGUCCGCUUUGGGACCGGCAAAUGUUGACCGGACUGUUCGCGAACCCCGAAUUUACACUACCGCAGAAAUGGCGUGAACUGGGACCGAAAAAGAUGGAAGGACGAAUUAUGAAUCUCUGGAAGCAGGAGAAGGCUAGAGAUCCAAAGUGGAAACAAGUCGCUGUCUUGACACAUCUCAAGGCACUUCAGUUGUAUUUUCCUCCGAAAGGCGGCGCCGCCGGACCUGCUGGUCCCGUUGGAAAGCCACCAGGUCCCACGGCUAUUGACCGCUUGCUUCAACAGCAUGGCAACGGCAAAGCGCAAGGGCAAGGAGCACCGCCGAAACAAGAUAUCGUUGGGCAGGCACAGCACCAGCAGGUGGCCCCACGCAGUGAAGUUCCAGCCUCCGCGUCAAAGCUCGACGCGCUAAAAGCAGUGCACCCGCAGUUACUGAGCGAAGCAGAUAGGCUUUGGGCCAAAAGUGAUCGGUUACGUUUUGCCCUCCAACAGGCUAAGCAAGAUACGACCGAAACCCUGGAAACUUCGCUAAAAAGGACUCUUGAGUUGGAGCAGAAGCAAGCAGAUCGAGAUCGCGCGGAGUUUUCCGAUUCAAAACAGUGCCCCGGGUGGAAGAUUUUCGAAAAUGGGGCACAGAUGAUUGCGCUGGACGGAAGUCUUGGCCAUCGGAGUAACGCGGUCUAUGUGGAGGUCGCAACCAAUGUGGGCGCAGUCAUUCUGAAAAGAGACGGAAUGGGCCGCUUGCAGAUCGACUCCAACUGCAAGGAUAAGCUGAAGAUCUAUGGGGUACCAGUUGCGGGGAAAAAAUAUUUGCGCGUGCGGUCCAGUCCGGCUAUCACUGUUGAAGAAACCAUAAGAGGAGGCCACCGCUAUUACAUGGUUCAUGUGGGCGCAGCGACAGGGUCGGGCGAGAAGAAACGUUUUGCACAAAUCAAGAUCGUGCAAGACCAGUACAGUGAAGACCGUGGAGCACAGCAGCGGGACAGGCUGCUUAAGGCAUCGCUCAAGCUGCAAGCGAGAAAAAAAGCACGGCGCCAGCUUUUUCUGAAACAGCUUCUGUGGCUCCGGGCCGUAGCGAAAACCCCCCUCCCGAGGGAGCCUCGGACUCGCAUGCUGAUGCUGGAGCCGGACUAUUUGUGGUUGCGCUACCAUCUGGAAGGCAAGGAAGCAGCAUCGCUGCACAGGAGCUGUUCGGCACUGCAGAGCCUUAUGCGACAGUUUCACAUCGAGCACGUGAUGAACCGACACGAGUAUAGCGACAAAUCGCUUCUUCCCCGGCUAGACGAAUACAUAACGAGUCGUUAUCGGAUGACAAACAGGCCGCACAAGCUCCUUGAGAAAUGCACGACGAAACUCGGAGCUCUGUAUCAAAACGAGGAUGUUUCGCAGCCGGUCGGACCGCCGCGGGUGUCGGAAGGUGCCGGGAUUGCGACCACAAACGAGACUCUUAAACUUGACGAGAUGCAGCUCCAAGAACUCAAGAUGCGGGCAACAAGCAUUCAAAAAUUUGAAGCCGUGCAAUACGUUUCCGGGAAGCGAACCGAUGAAGCGAAACUGCGAGCGUUACUGCAGGCAGUAGAUCAGCAGCUGCAGGAUCAUGCUACUGUCGCGCAAAUACCGAACGCGCCCUCCGGUAACGAUUCAAAUACAGGCCUUGGGAUAAGCAAAGGCAAGAAAAACAAGAAGUACAGCAGCCGCCUCUGCAAUACAAUGCUGCUAUGUCAUUUUACCGCGGAGAUGUCCAGGACACAGCGCGCAGGCCAGCGAUACCAGGACGCAGUCUUCUACGAGUUUCGUGCUCAGAGAAACAAACACAAGUUUGAGUACCUUCCUCCGCUGUCCGAGUCGUCCAUGUUGUUCGGCGGGGAAGUCGCGUCAAAUCGGGUGCUGGAGGACAAGUCCAGCGAAUUUUCUGUCGAACCCACGGUAGUCCCCCCAGGACAGAAGAUGACAGAGGCCCUGAUGCAGGUAUCCCGGCGUGUGGAACAUGAGAAGAACGAGGACAAGGCGGAGUCCGCCAGGAAAGCCGCCACGGAGGUCUACCUGCUCUUUCUAGAAAUGGCCACCCAGUUCAUUCGCCAGCAAUUCGGGACUUUGGCCGGAGGGCCGCGGCGCUGGGAACCAAAUCCGGAGAUGGAGCUUCGACGACAAUUGAGCAUGCUCACUUCUGCCCAACAGAUGGCCCUGCUAUCCCGUCGGAGAAAGGAAAUACCCUUCCGCACUUACUUGGCAGCGCUACGAAAGAACCUGCAGGAAAACAUAGAAGACAGGCAAUCCAAGCACGAAAAACGUUUGGGAAAAUCGCUACGAGCUAUCACCGCGUUUUCUGUGGCACAGGACUCAGCGGGUUCCGCAAGCAGUGAGCUGUUUUCCUUCAAACCCCCCGACAAUGAUGGUGGUGCUGUUGACGACGGACCAUUGACGUUAUCACUCGUUCCUCGGGGUCAAGAGCAAAGCGGCGGUGUAUCGUUUGCAGCUGCGCUGAGACACGUGCGGCGUGCAGGCAAGAAGCUUUUGGCUGCUGCUCGAGACAAGGGCGCGGUAGUCCGAUACAGACGCCAUGCUGGACGACCCAUGAGUAUCAAAGUCCGAUCUGGCGGGAGGGUAGAAAGACGUCACGUCCUGCAUUUUCUGAAGCAAAUGAAGCGACCGGAGCGGACUGCAAGGCACCUGUUGGACGCGGUUUUGAAAUCCGCCGGUGUGCCGACAAAAUCCCGGAAGGCCGCAGCUGCUGAGGAGAAAAAGGAGCAGAAGUUUGUCGCCAAAACCAUGUCCAGUCUGAAACGGUCACGACACGAUGUAGUGGGAACUGCAGGCGCUCUCGGCAAAGACGGUUUGCCCCCGGACGCUGGUGCACAAGCAGAGCUGAACGGCCAGAACAAUUAUGAGAACCACUCAGGAGUAGGAGCACUGGACUUGGAUGAUCCAAAAGCUCUAACAAGAAAUCUUGUGACGCGUUCCCCGAAGUACCUCCGCUUCCGACGUCUUCUGCGACUAUACAUGCAUGGGAAAAAAGCUUCUUCCGGGCUUUUCAGAAGCAGCAAGAAGGCCGUGAAGACAGUUCCAUCAACGACGGCACAUCACGCGAACCAACUUGAGGCCGUAAAGCAAAUUUUCCUGCGCAGAAUGACAAUGGCAAGGACAGCAGCGGACGCAAGCAGUUUCCUGACCGAGAAUUUUGGCAUCCUCAAGAGCAGCCGACAGCUUACAAGGUUGGUUUGCUUCAACGAGAACCUUACUUCUCAGCAAUUCCGGCGGAACUCAGCAGAAAAAACGAAGGUCGAUCGGCAAGUUGGUGCUAUGAAAGAGCUCGCCAGGAAGCUCAUUUCCGAGAGCGUCCACUGCCCAUCCGAUGCUGGCAAAAGAAAACUUUUAGAAGGCCGCGCCCAGGAUUUGCUAGACAAAGCCGAGGAACUUUUGUGUCGAUACAUGGAAAAUCUUCGCAACGACAAACAGCUCUGUUUGUCCAAAGAUCAGCGACGGAAGUAUCGACAGAGUCUGGCAGUCAUGCGAGUAAAACGGGCUAGCACCAAUGCACAAAAUCGGUCAGUCGACGACAAGAAGCCAAGCGGUGAAGUGAAGAAGAGCGGCUCUGUGCCGCAGAAGCCGAAAACUGGAGUGCGGAAGGGAAACGCAAAACCUCCGAGGGGUGACGCUCGCCGAAGACAGAGGAAACUGAAGCUGGCAGCUGCAAACAGAAGGUACACAUGUUGUACAAAGUUGUAUUCUUCGUCGAAGAGAGUUUGAAAAUCAAUAUAUUUUCCUAAUAUGCUUACGCUUGCUUUUGCUGUACCCCAUGAUUUUAUAUAAAUGCUUCGCUGAGCUUUUCUCUGCAUGAUCACCGGCAUUUUGAUUUUUUACAUACAUCCAGGUUUAACGUCAGCAAUCCGAAAAGUGUCUACGCACAAAAGCUACUGAAGAUGAUACGGGUAAGAAAAGCUGCUGCUGCUGCUGUGUCCGCAAAUAAUUCAGUCCCGGAAAAAAAUGAAGGCUCAACCUCAAGCGCAUUAGCCCUCAUUAGCUCCGAAGCGAAAAACUUGUUAGACGCCCUCUACCCGAAGAAGAACGACAAGAAAGGUUCACUUUCACAAGCAGCGAAGGUUAUGAUCCGCAACGGACUGAAGGCGGAAAUCAUACAGCGGACAAUAACCGAACUGAACGCGAGGGGGGACAAGGCAGCAGGUAUCAAUUAGCUUUCAGUUUUUCUUGUUGAUGUUGAUGCCGUGCCCGUGAACAUGUAAGAGCCGGAUCGCUGUCGCAGGGACAGCGAUUUAUAUUUGUAUACAAUCUAAGCCCUGAGGACUCUACAGUCGUUUCGAUCCCAUAUUCCUAGUUUCUGCAUGAGUGCAUGUAAAUGAAGUUGCAUUUCUUGUCACAUCGUUAUCGCCAAAUCGACACAGGUUCUGCAGAAGCAGAGAAGAUGGAGAUGCGAAAUGCCGUGGCUAGCGUUUUGAACCGGUAUGUUCUCGAGGAGAUAAAUGUUAAAAAGCACAGGCCGAUCUUGCAGGCACUGCGUGAGGUCGUAAUCAAACUGGCACAGGAGCAGCUGGCGGACAAUGUUACAUCUGUAACCCGGGGCGGCGCUGCGGAUGACGAAGCGAAAAACGAGAAUCGUGCGCGGGGAAGGUCUCCUUCGGUAGACGAGUCGCGGCAGCGGCAGCAAAAAAGAGCAAGACAGAGAAGCGAGAAUCGAGCGAAGUUCUUUGCGCCGCGGGCGGUUUCAUUUCGCGAAGCCUUCAAUACGACGCUGCAUCCAACUGCCUACGAAGAAGACCUUUCCGUGCAGACCUUUGUUGCGGGAGAGAAAGCAACCGACAUUGUGGACAAGCUGAAUAGUGAACAUGCCCACGCGGAGGAAGCGAUGAAGAAAGCCAAGAGCAUGAAUUUUUUGGGCUCCCUAUCGCCGGGCGCCCUGCAGAAUGAUCCUUUUUCGCCUACAAUUUUGGAGGAAUCCAGCCAGCCGUCAGUCGUAAUUCCCGCGGCUGCAACAGCACAUCCUGCACCAGACAGCCUUGCCCUGGUCAAGACCAUUUCUGAUUCCUCGGAGAAGGCUCGAGACCAGAUUUCGAAUGGACGAGUUGUAGAUGAAAAGGAACUCCAAUUAGUAUCGCCUAACUCCAGCGACGAGAACAUGAUGAAAAACGUAUCCCUACCGAUUCCGGAGACCACGAAAGCAGUUCUUUCCGAAGUGAACGCUCCCAGUUCAUCUUCCAGUACUUUGUCAACUCUUCAUCCCCUUGACAACUACUCGACAGUGAGCAGUGGAAAUGUACCCUCGGAGCGACCCCUUCAUCCCUCGACAUCAAAUGGCGAAGCUUUAUUGCAGGAAGAGCUGAGCGCGAUCCUGCCGAAGGGUGACACAAAGAACACUGCACGAAGGUCCGAGCAAGCAGCUGAGCAUGCCGCUCGGGAGCCGCGGGAAGACGUCGUACUGGACAGGCCUGGCGAAGAACGCGAUGGCGCUUCGUCCCGAGGACUGGCCAGUGGAGAAGUAGCAGUAGGAGAUGCGGUAGCGAAAUCUGAUGAAAAUAAAGAGGACGAAAGGAAAAGCAACCAGACCCCAUUGUCCAGAAUAAAUCGCGACAGCGUCAUGCGCAUAGUGCAUGAUGCUCUACAGCUAGAUGACGACAGUGUAAGUGACCAGCAGGGACAACAGGACCUACGUAAAAGCACGACUCCGGCUAGGGCGCAAGAAGGCGAACACGCAGAUGCUGCUGCACAGCACGUGUGUGUUAGUAGGCGCACCGGUGCCGAGAAUUCGGGCGCGCAGGAACAGAUUUCCAGUGCAGCUGUCGCAGCACCGGACGACGUGGUGAAGAAGUUGUCAAACGGGGUUCCACCUGCGACGACUUCUACGGUUGAGCAACACGGCGACUCUUCAUCGGUGCUUGGGCUUGAGCGGAAAGCGAGCGGUGAUCUGGCUGACCAGCCAUGCGGCGAUGAUCAGACAGCAGCUCUUGCAGAAGCGGCGGCGUCACCAGAAGUGGAAGAGCAGCACAGCAUGAUUGCCGCAACGCCAAAAAACAGCAGCGUCGUGGAGAGGCCGGCCUUAGCACCAGGGGACCUUGUUGUGGAGAACGCCGGCGCAACCGCAUCGAGUAGCUCCAGUGCUCCUGCUCUCGCUGCGGGAACAACGGCGGAUCCCGAUCGGUUUCCUGCACGAUCUUCGAAAGAAAGCCAGGACCGACCGGAUGCUCCGUUGCGAGCCAGCGAAUCCACGGGAAAUAAGCGCGGACCCGAAGCUGUUGAAUCGGGCGGUAGGAGCCGCAGUAGCGCAAACACUGCAGGCCGCGAAAAGAGAGAUAACAAUUCAUCCGCUGAAGGCAACCGUAAUCCGGGAUCUACCGCUUCAGGACGACGGCAGGGCCGGGACAGUUCUGUCGGAGUGAAUCCUAGAGAAUACAACCAGCGAAAAGGAAGAAAACGGGACUGCGCGCAGUCGAAAUGACGAGAGCGACGGCGACCAGAAAACUACGCAAGUACACGUGUAGUUUUAAACCCAACCAAGUUGGAAGUAGCAGUUUCAAGCAGAAGUAGACGGGUGAUUGUAUCUACUGUACUAGCGCAUCGGCAUCCUCCUCUUCGCCGAAGGGAGGGAGGUCUAUCACCAGAAUGUUAUGAGUGUCCAUGGCAGAACCGAAUUGUUCACGAACCAAGUUGUUGAGGAAUUUCUAAUUUCAAGUACGUAAAACUAAAAACGACACCAACCCAGCAUUUUUUUUUGGUCAUUUCUGUGGAACCCAAUUUCGCAGAAGAAGGAACAA